CUUCAUUGUAAUAUAUACUCCUAUCAUAUCAAGCACUGACACCGGUGAAACAUAGCAAAACAGGUAUUCAUACAUUCAUUUUGUACGCAAUGAAUGACGGGAUACAAGGAAUGGAUUUAAUAUGCUUUAAUAAGAAAAUAGCAAAAUGUGUUCAGUCUAGAAAACAGGAACGUGUUCAAAAUUAAAAUCAAACGAACCAGGAGAGUUUUAUUAGGUGCCAUGUUAACUCUAGUAAAGGGUCACUAAAAUGAUAUCACAAAGUUAGAAUACAAUUAAAGGAAAUACAGGAGGCAAGUUCAUUGCACGGGUCACUUAAAAAAAGAGACGUUUAACUGAUAAUGCCUAUUUUACACCUUGUCAUAUUUAAACAGUUACAAGAUCGUAUAAUGUUAUCAGAUUAUAAAUCAUUUAAGUUAGAUCCAUGAAACCGAUAUCUCUUUACGAUUAGUCUAUGCUGCACGCGAUGUAAGUGCAAGAAUGUAAAUAUUUCAUUGAAAAAAUACUUCAUAUAACAGCGAACGAGCGAAUAUAUAUAUUUGAAUGCUGUGAGAAACGCUUUUCAUCGCGGAACAAAUAUAUAUCAAUAUGUAAAGUUUUAAGAUCCGCCCAGGGGUAUACUAUUUAUAUUGUAAAGCUGUCGAGCUACUCGCGUGUCGGUAAUUGAUACCCCGCUGCUGUGAUGACCGUUGCCUAUAUAAAACGUAAGGAUAGCCUGCAGUGUAUUUGCGAUACAUUAUUGUCAUUAGGAACGCAAGUGUAUUAUAUCGAACAGCUGAUCGGGAAAACGGAUAGAUAGCUGAACUAUUAAAGUGAACUGGAUAUGUAAUAAAAUAUUAAAUAGAUUUAGAAAACUGAUUUUAUAUUGGAAUUACAUUUACACUUGCUAAAUCAAAUUAUCUAAAAAAAAAUCAAAAAUGAAAUAUCAUUUAUCAGCUAUCUGCAUUUAUGUAUGUUUAACAAUCGGCUCAAUGGAAAAAUUAAAAAGUGAUAUGAAAGUGACGGUAAAUUCAAAACAGCUAGAUACAAAAAAAGAAACAGCUGCGGCGAAAAAAACGUUAGAAACGAACAGUAUCGUAGACACAAAAGACAUAGAAACACAAAAACACACAAAAACUGACGGAAACAUAGAAACAAAAGAAAAAAUAGGAACAGAAACAAAAGCGAGUUUAAAUACAAAAGAAAAGGAAAAAACAAAAGGGACAGAAGAAUCGAAAGGAAAUGUUGAAACAAAAGAAACUGUAAAAAAACCUACAUAUUACAAGAGAAAAUCUUAUGCAACGAAAGAGGAUAUUCCGGAAGACUAUUUAGAGUAUUUGAAGAAACGCUAUAACAUUUUAGAAGAUCCGGUAGGGGAAUACGAACGUAAAAUGGCUGAAUACGACAUUUAUGACGACUACGAUUAUGAAAUCAUAACUAUGGAACCACCAGCAACACCAAAAGAAGACGAAGAAAUCACAGAAUCGCUUGAAAGUAACAAUGAAACUGAGGAUUCCUGUAAACAGUGCAAAGUGCUUGAAUCUGACAAAAAGUUACGAUUAGCAACGAUUAAGUCUACAAUUCUUGAUAAAAUUGGAUUUUCUAGUAACAAUUUGCCAAACAUGACGGGGAGAACGAUUCCACAAAUCCCCUCCAUACAGAGAUUAAUAGAACAACAUGAAAUGCAAUCGGACGCGCCAUACAGCGACCCCGACGACUACCUUCCCGAGGAUGACUUUUACGGGCAGGUGAAAAAGGCUUACACAAUCGCACAGAAACCACCUGAUGACUUCAAAAUCCACGUCCAUGGCGGCUGUUACUUCGAACUCACAGAAUCCGUUACAUCUAGAAAGAUAAAAGAUGCUUCGCUAUGGUUAUAUCUCGAACCGUCGGCUUUCAAACGGAAAACAGUAGUGGAAAUAUAUAUAUACGUUGUACCACAAAAGGCAAAGCCGCAACAUAUUCUGAAGGGGCCUGUACGCUAUAAGAAGACAACGGCAUCCGGGUGGAUAGAAUUCAAGUUCGCACAUAUUGUGCAUCACUGGAUAAAACAACCUGCUGCUAACCGAGGCAUUGUGAUACAAGCACUGGAUGAAGAUGGAAAUAAUCAUAUUGUUACUCCAGGCAAACAUAGUGACGAAACAUAUAUCCCUAUGUUGGAGAUGUCCACAGUUGAACAUCGAAAUGAGCACAGCAGAAAGAAAAGGUCUUUCAAUCACAUUUGUACAGAGCAAGAGAGAAUAGACACUUGUUGCAGAUACCCAUUAAGGGUUGAUUUUGUGCAGUUCGGGUGGGACUGGGUGAUAGCCCCGACAGGCUACUUAGCCAAUUAUUGUUCGGGCGAGUGUAGAUAUAGACAUAUGGAGAAUAAUCCACAGGCAUACCUAAUUCAGCAGACCCCAGACGGCAGUGGGCCUUGCUGCACACCAUCCAAAUUCUUUCCUUUAGCUAUGCUCUACUUUGAUCACCAACACACUGUGCUGUAUACUUACAUGCAGAAAAUGAUCGUUGUAAGAUGCAGCUGCGCGUGAGAGUGUAUAAAGUUAGGUUAUUUAAUUACAAUAAGAACAAUAUGGCUAUAGGUAAAACACACAGUGUUUAUCUGCCAGGACAGAAGCAAAAACGACAACUCAUAUGUGAUAUUUAGCUUUUGGUGCAUAACAAUCGUUUGCCAUUUAAUCGCGUGUGUUCAACUUAGCUACCGAUCUCAGUAUGGAAAUACUUUCCAGAUGAUCGGUCGUGCUUUUAGGCAUGCAAUAUCGACGAAAAGGCCAAAAAACAAAAGGAGAAAAGGGCCACGAAGUAGAUUGAUUAGGAUACUCCGAGUGCAGGAUUUUUUCCUGUUACAAUUGAAAAAUAAACAUUCUUAAAAGAUUUAUUGUUCUCCUGUAAACAGUUAAGUAUGAUUAGAAAAUGAAUUUAAUUAACACGAAGCUGUUUGUUCGAAAAAUCACACAUUCAUCGAAGUUAAAAGGACAAUAUAUGUACCAUUUAGAUUUAUCAGACUAGCAAAAUUUUCAAUAGUUUUGUUCAUCUGUUCAUGAACCACUUUCAAACUGUUUACAGGGAAACAAACUGUUUACAGGGAAAUGUUGAAAACAAAUCGAAGAACAAUAAAUCUAUGAGCGGAGAAUGAAUAUAAGCUUACAGUGGGUAUGCUUUUUUGCAUUCAUUAUGAAAAGGGAAAAGUAUAUUGCUGAACGACACGAAGAAGAUAUAUUAACUUAUAUAUCGAGCCGAAUGGAAAUAUGGAUCAAAUCCAUUAAAUGUGAUGUUUAAACAUGUUCAUUGUUUUACAUGCUUUAAUUCAUGAACGUUUUAGUGAUCUUUGUAGGGUAGCCAGCAUAAUAAAUCUUGAGAUUUCUUCCCAGCAUAAUUGUUUAAAACAUUUUUAUACUUUACCUUCAAGUUUGAUUUAAAACUCGUAAAUUCUGGAAUCUUUUUUAAUAAGCACCUUCAGUGUAUUAUGACCGCAAAAGUUUGCUGUUUCAAAAACUGCUCGUUUAAAACUACAUUUACUUCUAGUCUUCUUCUUUUUCAUAUAAAGACAAGAUAUUUUUAAAGUGUCCAUAUUGUAUUGCAGUUGGCUGCCCUUACGCACAUAAAAUUACAGUGGUUUGUUUUGUUAAGUUUUACAAAAGACUAUAAGUGUAUGUUGAAUUUUAUUUCCAUGUUAUAUUGUUAGAACAGAAUGUGCGAAGUUUGGUUUAGAACUGUGUAACUGUGCGAUUGCCUAAGUGUGAACUAUUAGUUUUACUCGAAACUUCAUGAAAUGAAACAUUAAGUAUUAUGUCGUUGAAUGGAGUUUGUUGCUGCACAAAUGUACUAUUUUAUCUUUCUUUGAUUGACAGUAACGUUUCACUGAAUUAGAACAAUUAACUGGUGAUUACCAUUCAAACUGUUCAGAAAUACAUAAAAAAAAAAGAACAAAGAUGCAUAUUAUACACUACUAAAGUGGAUAUUAUGAGUGUCUUUUCACACUGAAUUUCUAACGAGUUCAAUAAAAUAAUAACAUACGAGGUUUUGUCGAGCAUUUUAUCAUUUUUAUUGUACGAGUUAAAUGAAUUCAAUGUAGAAUAACACAAAUGUUAUUCUUUUUAUUAUGUGUUAGCUUUUAUUUGAUGAAAUAUCGAAAUGUCUUCUUUCUGUACAUUAUAUAUUGAAAAAAAAUCAUUUCGACCAAUGUCACCUACAAUUUAAACUACGUCAAAGUAAAAAUGUUAUUUACACUAUUGUUUUCACUCCAUCGACGGCAAACAUGUGAUAAGGGUAUUUUUGUCUAUUACUUUUUACAAUGUCAACAGUAUGUAAAGCAAACUUAUUAUGUCUGCAUUUGUAUAUAUUAGUUUCCGAUAACAAAGUAUGCAAUACGAGCAUGAUACCAGAUUUAAGCACAGGAAAAAGGAUUGAUUGAUAUAUUGCAAACUUAAAUAAAUGCUUCUGAAAAGUACUAAUUUUCAAUUUUCAAGUUCCCUUUAUCAUUUUAUGCAUCUGACCGUAUAUUAGUGACAAAUUUAUCCAAAUUCAUAAAUUUAAGAACGCAAAACAUUCAGUUUGCCUUUACUUUGUUUAUAGAAUAAUUAUAAUGAAGAAAUUUUGUUGGAUGGUGAAUAUUACGACUGAGCCUAAAAAUGUUUGGCACUUUAACGUGAGAAUGAUAAAAUGGUUUACAAUCUGGUACCUUUUCUCGGGUGCUACGCAAUAUAGAUUUGAUUCCAAGAUAUCAAAUUUGACAGAGGAUGGUCAAAAAUAACUGCAUUCAUACUACAGAUUUAUGUGAAAAAGUGAACAAUGACAUACAUUUUUAACCUUUGUAUACUUCAAAAAUACUGUUUGACAACUUAACUUAAUUGUUCACGGAUAGACACGAUUUUGCAUGGUAGGACACGAUUGUGUCAACAAACAAAUAUUGAAAAACAAAAACAGGUUAGACACUGACCAUACUUUAUGUUAAAUGAGUGCAGAAAAUGUGCUAGGAUGGUCUGUAUGAUUUGAGGGUUUAUCAUGAUGUUUAUAUACAUUGCAUUCCGACAUUUGUGAAAAUGUGCUUUCGAGCAUUACUGUUUGUGUCUUUCAAAAAAUUAAAGCCUGUUAAAAUCACGUA